AUGACAGCAGAGUUCGAUUGUAAGAUUCCAAACUUCACGCAGUGCUCCCCGACCAAAGAAGAUCUCGAGUACGUUGACCUCGUUAAUCUCGAUCUCUCGAACUUUGACAAAGUCAACGACCGUCGGAAACUAGCUGCAAGUCUCUUAGAAGGAGUGACUAGUCAUGGAUUCCUAACUAUCACCAACCAUGGCAUUCCAGAAGCCCUCUACUCCUCUCAGGUCGAUCUAGCCCACGCCCUACUCACUCUUCCACCAGAGGAGAAGUGGCCCUUCGAAACGACACCCGAACAAGAGAAGAAGGGGCUCAACAUUGGGUUUAAGCCUUCGGGAAGCCAGAAACACAAGCAGGGGUUUCACAAGACCUUGGAUCAUUACAACUUCCCGGCAACUACAAAUUCCUGUGACGAUGAGCACCCCAGACUUUUGCAUUCGCACCUUGCUCAAGUCGAUGAACUUGUAAACCAUUUUCGUCAAAAAUUGGUGCCCAAGAUUCUGGCACUCGUAGCAAUAGUACUCGAGGUGCCAGAAGAACACCUCCAUUCCACACACGCCUCUGGCACACAGCCCUGCUCGGAGUACCUACGAUGUCUGCUGUAUCAUCCACGCCCUGCAGAAAGUGGGACGCAAUACCGAGACCUAUGGCUAGGAGGUCACACUGAUCUAGGAUCUAUCACAUUCAUCUUCUCUCAACCAGUCUCAUCAUUGCAGAUACGGCUACCAUCCGGUGACUGGAAGUGGGUGCGCUACAUCCCUGGGGCCCUCAUCGUUAAUGUCGGCGAGGCCUUGGAGCUUCUGACAGGCGGACUUUUACGGGCUACCGUACAUAGAGUUGUCAAGCCGCCGCCAGAUCAGGAAAGAGCGAAAAGACUGGGCAUCAUCUACUUUGCCAGGCCGAGGGACGACCAACGACUUCGACCCCUUGACAGUCCCCUGCUUCGGAGACUAGGCAUCCAUGAACCGUUGGACGAGAGGAUUUUCACAAUGUCACAGUAUCUACAUGCAAGGAAGCAUGGAUAUAAGAGACUAGACUUCGAUCAGGUCUGGUCAAGGUUGAAGGGACUGGGGGCUGAGGCUGAUGGAGGUCCGCUGCGUGGAGAGCAUGCACCCCGGCCUCUUCCUGGUCUAGAGGCAACAACUUGA